AAACUGCAGCAUUUUAGAGCAAAGUCAAAGUGCAGCAAAAGACUGCUAAAGACCCUUGUUCCUAUAUAGCCACUUUAAUGGAAGAGUUUUCUUGUUAAAAGGUUUGCUUAUUGCAAUUCUUUGGUCCAGGACUGGGUAGGUUGUUGUUGCUGUUAUCAUUUCCUCGCUUCUUCCUAAUAUAGAUGGGGAUAGCCGAUGCAAUUGUAGACCUUGUGGGCAGUGGAACAACUUCGAGAGAGAACAAUCUAAAAGAGAUUGCGGGUGGAGUCAUCUCGCAAAGUCAGGCGGUCCUUGUUGCUAGCAGGAAAUCAUUGACACGUAAGGAUGUGCUAGAUAUAACACAUGAAAAGCUUGAAAGGCUAGAGGCUCAUUUGUGUGCUUUGGGUCAAUUCACAGUAACUGCCAACAUGAGGGGAAACUCUGCAGAGGAAGUAGCUGAGCGCGUAUUGAGCCGAAAUUCCUUAUCAGGGUUGCAGGACUCGACUGUGUCCUCUACACAGCAGAUUAGUACAUCGUCAGAAUCUGAGGUUGUGGCAGCAUUCACCUCUUUCUUGUCGCUAGGUGUGCACAGCAGAGAACUUGAUGGUUCACCUGUAUUCUUUCUCCUGAUGUCUUCUCCUAAGAUAAAAUCACGGAUUCCCUCAAACGUGAGUGUGGUGUUUCCAGCUGAACCACUUAUAGCCGUGACUGAUCCUGACCAACUAUCCGGUGUUUCUCUGUCUUCUCGAUUUGAUGAAAUGUUUGAAGUGGACACUGCUCAUACAACAUUUGAAUCCCUUAAGAAAUGGCGAGAUGACAGCAUAGACCUUUUCAAGAGGUUCAUUGGCCUGAAGGCAUAUAAAGAUGCUCUAAAUGCACUGCCCAAAAUGUUCGAAGCUGUACACCAGAACCUUGGAAUCCCGUUUGGAUCGUACUUUGAGACAUAUAUUGACCCAGUUCCAGAUUUUGAACAGAUUAAAAUACCAGAUGAGGUAAAAGAGAUGCUGACACCAUUUAAUGAGUUUUACGGCAUUAGUGCAAGUAAAACCCCCAUAAGUGUUUCUCUGUCUUCUCGAUUUGAUGAAAUGUUUGAAGUGGACACUGCUCAUACAACAUUUGAAUCCCUUAAGAAAUGGCGAGAUGACAGCAUAGACCUUUUCAAGAGGUUCAUUGGCCUGAAGGCAUAUAAAGAUGCUCUAAAAGCACUGCCCAAAGUUAAAACUUUCUGAGGUUUGCCAAGUGAAUACCCAGUUUUUUUGUACUACGGAGUAUCCAAAUUUACUGACAAUCAAAUCAUUGGCUUUUAAGCUUUGACGGAUAUAAAAUCUAUCAACCUAUUUGGGGUUCAACAGAUAUGUUGCAACUCGAUUGCACUAGAGUAGGCUCUUACCGCCAUUCCCUCGAUUGACAGUGAAGCUCAGUUUAGAUCGUGUCCGUACAUAUUAUGAUCUCCUAAACAUGCCAUUCGAGGCCCUGCUUGUGUUUGUUAGUGAGCACGAGCACCUAUUUACGAGUGCAGAGUAUUCUACACUUAUAAAGGUGCGGGUCCCAG